GGAGGUAAAACGAGGCGAGGAGGUGAGGGGCGUACUCUCUAAUGGGUCCCCCGCUUGACUUCCGGUAGCCGAAGUCUCUUAACUCCGAAACGUGGGUAUACGCAAGGGGAUUUUGUUGUUGUUGUUUCAGCAACAGCUGUGCUAGCUGAAGUGGAAUAGAGACACGUUUUCCAACUUCUCUUGGUAAGACUGAGAAAUUCAGCAGUAGUACUUCCUGAAACCAUCAAGAAGAAAAAUGUCAGUGACACUGCAUACAGAUGUAGGUGAUAUUAAAAUAGAAGUUUUCUGUGAGAGGACACCCAAAACUUGUGAGAAUUUUUUGGCUCUUUGUGCCAGUAAUUACUACAAUGGCUGUAUAUUUCAUAGAAAUAUCAAGGGUUUCAUGGUUCAAACAGGAGAUCCGACAGGUACCGGAAGAGGAGGUAACAGUAUCUGGGGCAAGAAAUUUGAGGAUGAAUAUAGUGAAUAUCUUAAGCACAAUGUUAGAGGUGUUGUAUCUAUGGCUAAUAAUGGCCCAAACACCAAUGGAUCUCAGUUCUUCAUCACCUAUGGCAAGCAGCCACAUUUGGACAUGAAAUACACAGUAUUUGGAAAGGUGAUAGAUGGUCUGGAGACUCUGGAUGAACUGGAGAAGUUACCAGUAAAUGAGAAGACCUAUCGACCUCUUAACGAUGUACACAUUAAGGACAUAACAAUACAUGCCAAUCCAUUUGCACAAUAGCUAUAAUAGAUCUGGAAAAAUACUUGGCCGACUAUUCAAGGAACAUACGUAUUGUGUUUACCCAGUUUUAAUUAUGUAGAAAGAUUACAUCAUCUUCCUGCCUGUUUAUAGCUAAGAUCUUCUAGGAGUUGGUGGUACCAUGAGGGCCCAAACAGCUUUCAUUUCCAUUAUUACAGCAUAUUUUUUACUAUAACUAUUAUCUAAUGUAUUUAAGUUCAAUUUUUUAAAAAACUCUUCUACUUGUAAUUUUUUGUUACACAUAAACAUUCAUAUAUAAACAGCAUUUUUGAGCACUCUGAUUACAUAUGCUUGCCAUAUCUUGUCCACA